AUGACCAUCAGGUCCAAGGGACCAAAAGGCAGUAUUACGACGAAGAAUCUCGCUAUCGGGAGCCCUAUCAACCAUAUCAAUUGCAAUGCAUAUGAUCUGACUCAUGCGAUUAGACAGGUUUCCUACUGCCCGAGCGACUUCGCUGAUGCGCUUCUCUCCUCGACCGUCUGGAUCGCACCGUAUGAUAUGGACCUGGGCGUCCAAGUCGGUUUUGAAGGUGCGGCAUUCGUGCAGGAACUUGUCUUGCAAGGGUGGGAAUACUGGAGGCAUGAUGUUGGCGAGUAG